UGAAAAAGUUCAGGCUGAGGGGAAGCCGAGAGCAGGAGUGUAUGGGAAUGAUUUCCAUAUAUCUAACAAGGCGCUUCCUCGGAAAAUGCUGAACUCUCUAAUGAGCUGAAGCAUUCUAUCAAGUACCAGAAGGACUAUCCGGCCGUUCCACCUUUAUGUUUUCUGGGCAGGAGGUGUUUUCUGGAGCCGUGAGAAAGUAGCUGCUACUAAGAGUGGCACCAGAGUGGCUUGGAUGAUUUCUUGAUCGAGUGAUCUUAAGACCCAAAAACAUCCCAUUAUGAUUAACGUACUAUUGCUUCUUUGGACUGUGCAUUGUUCUGCUGAUAAUCUCCUGAGUAGUCCUGUUAAAGGAGACCCUCACUUCCUGACUGACACUUCCCAGCUGUACUGCAGUUUACCAGGCCCACAAGGUCCACCUGGAGUUCCAGGGCAUCCGGGAUCUCCUGGAACUAUAGGUAGAAUGGGGUUUCCAGGAAAAGAUGGGAAAGAUGGAAAAGAUGGAGACAAAGGAGAGAAAGGAGAUGAAGCUCCACAAGGUAGAACUGGAAAUGCAGGAAAACCAGGAUAUAAAGGAAAACAAGGAGCCAUUGGAAAAGCUGGCCCUAGGGGAGCAAAGGGAAUUCGUGGAGAUCAAGGAAAGGCUGGGGAGUCUGGAACACUAGGAUUUAAGGGAAAGAAAGGAGAUACUGGCAUGCCAGGACCAUGUAGGUGUGGCUCGAAAAAAGCCAAAUCAGCCUUUUCUGUUGCAGUAACAAAAAGUUACCCGAAGGAAAGAUUGCCUAUUAAAUUUGACAAGGUCCUUAUGAACGAAGGUGGCCAUUAUAAUGUUUCCAGUGGGAAAUAUGUCUGUGACAUACCUGGAAUUUAUUUUUUCACUUAUGAUAUUACAUUGGCCAACAAACACUUAGCUAUUGGACUGGUGCACAAUGGACAAUACAGGAUUAAGACGUUUGAUGCCAAUACUGGAAACCAUGAUAUUGCAUCAGGAUCCACAAUUAUUCCACUUAAACGUGGAGAUGAAGUAUGGCUUCAGAUAUUCUACUCUGAACAGAAUGGACUCUUUUAUGACCCGUAUUGGACAGAUAGUCUAUUUACUGGUUUCCUUAUUUACCCAGAUCAAGAAUAUGUUGAUGAUCGAAGGAGUAAAGGUGAAAGCAGCGUAAAGGAAGCAUCAGAUGUCAGCUGAAAAAAGAUGCCUUGUCUGGCAGAACUGCUUCUAUGUGUUUAAGGCCCCAGAUAGUAUCCUGCAACCUGAAUAUAAUGAAAUAAUGAUUAAGGUACUCUAUAGUAUAAUGAGGCCCAUUCAGUUUUCUCAUAGGUUUGUGCUCAACACAAUGAGUUAAACAUGCUGGAUUAGUUUUAUAGUAUCUCUCUGUUAAAGAUAUCAAAAAAGCCUAGGCAGGCAUCUCUGCAAUAUGAAGAGUUUCAUUAUGCCUCUGCUUAGCAAGUCAUGUUCCGCUUGGCCGGCAAGGCCAUAAUUCUGGCUUUUGGUUUGAAGAUCGAAACUUUACCAAAAUAACAUUGUUAACUUUCCAAGUGUGAAGAACUACAUAGCCCAUGUGAUUAAUGGUUGGAGAACAUAUUGACUCACCCUGACUAAGCUUUACAUUUUCAUAAUAAUAAUAGCUAUUGCCAGUAAUCUAAGGCUGCAUUUAUCUAUAAAUGUUUUAGAAUAUAGCAUUUUUAUACCAUUGGUUGUAACUGGACACCUUUGCAAUUCAUUCUCAGUUUUAAAUAGUAACAAAUACAAUAAUUAUUACAAGCUCA